ACCACUUAACGCGUAUUUCUUUUUCAGACGCGACUACCAGCUUUAAAGUGGCAUGCCACCUUUCUCACUUCAAUAAUUACUUUAAUUAUCUUGAAAUAGCAAAGAACAAAAUAUACUGUAUUUCGUCCGCUUAUGCUAUAAGCUGGACUAUUUGAUUAUUCUUGAGAUUUCCGGUCAAUAUGGAACCCUAUAUGCAGUAUCUAGCCCAGAAGCUCCUCACUGAGGAUCAACUCGUAACUUAUCGCCUUCUGAGCCGGGCAUUGAAGGUCCAUGUCAAUACUGCUAAAGAGAUGCUCUAUGAUUUUCACAAAUCGCAGAACGAUAAACGCCCGGGAUCUCUUCAUGCCACAUACCUCGUAUAUGGUACUAAGAAGGCACCGGUAAAAGUAGAAGAAUCGGAUGGCGAUGUGAAGAUGACCGAUUCUCAAAGUUCGGAAGAGAUGCAUGUUCCUUUCUCGGAUGAAGUCCCUACCUAUACGCUCUCUAUAGUUAAGGAGGAACAACUGCAAGAUCUACUGGCAGAGUAUGAUGAGGUUACCUCGAUACACAUCUACAGCUUAGCACCCCAUCCCCUCAAAGACCUCCAGCUCUUAGCCGAUACAGCUCGACAGGUCCUAGAGCUAUCCACAACAGGCGACGUUCCAGCUUCAAGCAAGACAUUUGGUUCAAUUGCCAAUCCUAAUAUGCGUAGGAGGGAACGUCGUGGGCCAGCACCCAAGCCUGUUACAAGUACACCCACUCCUAAAGCUGCACCAAAAGCCGAAAACAAGCAGGAGACACAGCCUGCCGAUGUUAAGGAGGAGCCUAAGGUAGCACCUCAAGGUAAUGUUAAAGGAUCAACUCCAGCUACUACUACUAAGAAGCCUACCGCAGCUGCUUCGCUGAAGCGACAGAGUUCUUCUGGAAUUGGGCAAAUGUUUGCUAAGGCAGCUGCUAAACCUAAGAAACCUGCUGCUAAGGCUCCAGCAAGUGCUGUCGAGGAGGACCAAAAGAUGGCCUUGUCUGAUGACGGAGAGGACGACGUCGUGCCGAUGCCGGAGGUUAAGCAAGAGUCAGAGAGUGCUAGGCAAUUGAGGAAGAAUCGCCAAGCCGAACUUCGUCGCAUGAUGGAAGAGAGUGAAGAAGAGGAAGAAGAGGAAGAAGAGAAAGCGGAGAGUCCUACUGAGGAGCCCAUGGAGGAAGAGGAGGAGGAGCCUUCACCCGAACCGGAACCUAAGGAAGAAGAGCCCGCGGAAGUAGUAUCGAGCACAGGCGAUGGUAAACGUAGGGGAAGACGACGAGUUACGCGCAAGAAGCAGGUCAUGGAUGAUAAGGGAUAUUUGGUUACGAUACAGGAACAGGGUUGGGAAUCAUUUUCCGAGGAUGAAGCUCCGCCGCCGCCUAAGCAGAAGCCUCAACCAGUCAAGGCAGAACCCGCUGCGAAGCCCAAGAAGGCGGCAGGCAAGGGUCAGGGCCAGGGCAACAUCAUGUCCUUCUUUUCGAAGAAGUGAGGCCGCUACUAUAUACUCGGAGGUGGGCUAGAGCGGGUCGCGGGAAAUAUUAACUGAAUAGUCCAUGAGAUUCCUCUAUUACAAGAAGGGCCUGUCCUGAGAUAAUCGCGAUGAAGCAGGAAUUUUAUCAUCUUCGACAGAAGUUUACGACAUGUUACUAUAUUAAGAGAUGAAAUUCCUUAUCUAAACUUAACGCCUACCUACCCCCGAUGUAUACUCUGUGAUUAUAAACUCCCACCAGACAAAACUUACUGGGAAUCGUUUAAUGAGAUCUGCCUUUUAGUUAUGAGUAUGUGACUUGCAGCGGUGCUAGCCUCUAUGGCUAACCUUCCCUUCUCCUUGGCCAUGUUUAAAGGGAAAGCAAUUAAGCCAGUGCAAAUAUUUUGGCCCAAGUGUAUGUAACUCCGAGAUAAUUGUAUUCAUCAUGAAUAGAUCAUCUU